AUGCAUUUUCAGGAGUGGUUAAAGUCCCUUCGUACCAGUGGGGGGGUUCGAGGACCUGUAAACAAAGACUUCUGGAGCCUUGUCCCCUUUCUCCCUUUGUCGUCCUCUUUCUCCUUCUCCUCCCUCUCUCUAUCCCCGUCCUCUCUGCUGGGUAUAGGUGCUCUGGCCUCCUUCACUGCAUACUGGCUGGUGACUCGCCCUCGGCCCAUGCGCCCCCCUUGUGAUCUGAAUGCCCAGUCUAUCCCUGUACAGGGAGAGCCCAAUUGGAGGCGUUCAGCUUUGCUCAAGGACGAUGUCCUGUUGGAGUUCUACUAUGAUGACACCAGGACAGCCUAUGACAUGUUCCAGAGAGGACUGAGAGUGGCAGGGGAUGGCCCAUGCCUUGGCUUCAGGAAACCUGGGGAGCCUUACCAGUGGAUCUCCUACACUGAGGUGGCUGAACAGGCACAGGUGCUGGGCUCUGGGCUUUUGGGCAAAGGCUGCCAACCAAAACCUGAGCAGUUAGUUGGAAUAUUUGCCCAGAACAGGCCAGAGUGGAUCAUUUCAGAGCUGGCCUGCUACACCUUCUCUAUGGCUGUGGUGCCCCUGUAUGACACACUUGGAGAGGAGGCCAUGGUGCAUAUCCUCAACCUGGCUGAGAUCUCCCUGGUGAUCUGUGACAAGGAGGAGAAGGCAGAGUCCCUUCUGGGGAAUAAGGAGAAGGGUGUGACGCCUACUCUCUCCUGUCUGGUGCUCUUCAAUCCCUGCAGUGAUGCCAUAGUGGAGAGGGGGAAGAACUGUGGAGUGGAGAUUCUAGAACUCACACAGCUCAUGGAACUUGGACGACAGAACCUCAGAGAUCCUGCGCCACCCCAACCCCAGGACCUGGCAGUCGUGUGCUUCACCAGUGGAACCACAGGAAAGCCCAAGGGAGCCAUGAUCACCCACGGCAACAUCGCCUCCAAUUCCUCCUCUGUUAUUAAGAUCCUGGAGGGGUCAUUUGUAAUUCAGCAAGAGGACGUGUCCAUAUCUUACCUGCCUCUUGCCCACAUGUUUGAGAGGAUGAUUCAGGUGUCCAUGCUAUGUCAUGGGGCCAGGGUAGGAUUCUACCAGGGGGAUAUCUCCCUGCUUAUGGACGAUAUUAAGACUCUGAAACCCACCUUCUUCCCAGUGGUGCCUCGCCUGCUCAACCGCAUCUACGACAAGAUCUUAGGCUCCGUGACGUCCCCAUUACGCCGGGCAGUGCUGCACUAUGCAGUGAGGAGGAAGCAGGCUGAGCUCAGCAGUGGGGUGGUACGUAACAACAGUCUGUGGGACUGGCUGGUGUUCAACAGGAUUCAGGCUAAUUUAGGAGGUAAUCUGAGGUUCAUCCUGACCGCCUCUGCGCCCAUCGCCCCCACCGUGCUCUCCUUCCUCAGGGCCACCCUCGGCUGUCUGAUCUUCGAGGGCUACGGGCAGACUGAAUGCACAGCAGGCUGCACCUUCUCCAUGCCAGGUGACUGGAGUGCAGGCCAUGUUGGUGCUCCAUUGCCCUGUGCCAUGGUGAAGUUGAUUGACAUUCCUGAUAUGAACUAUUAUGCCAAGAACGGAGAAGGAGAGAUCUGUAUCCGUGGCCACAGUGUGUUCCGGGGAUACCUGAAAGAUGAGGAGAAAACAACAGAGGCCCUGGACAGUGAUGGCUGGCUGCACAGUGGAGACGUGGGCCAGUGGCUACCGAAUGGGACACUUCGUAUCAUCGACAGGAAGAAGCACAUCUUCAAGCUGUCCCAGGGAGAGUACAUUGCCCCUGAGAAGAUUGAGAAUGUCUACAUGCGUUGUGUCCCUGUGCUACAGGUCUUUGUGCACGGAGACAGCCUACAGUCUCAACUGAUCGGUAUUGUUGUGCCAGACCCAGAAGUGUUCAUUGACUGGGUUAAGGAGAGGGGAAUCUUUGGAUCCUAUGAGGAACUCUGCCAGAAUCCAGAUGUGAAGAAAGAAGUGUUAGAAGACAUGACAGCCGUGGGGAAGGAAGCUGGGCUGAAGUCAUUUGAGCAGGUGAAGGAUCUGCACCUGCAUCCAGAGAUGUUCAGUGUUAGCAACGGUCUCCUCACCCCCACUCUGAAGACCAGACGAGUGGACAUCCACAGGGUCUUCCAGGAACAGAUCACAAACAUGUAUAGCACAACAGCCAUCUAGAAGAACUCUAUCCACUGUAACAUGCUCACACACUCCAAUGACAUUUACAGUUGAAGUCGGAAGUUUACAUACACUUAGGUUGGAGUCAUUA